AUGUCUUCCCCGUCUUCGUUUGUCCUGCCCGACCUUCACGCCGUGACCCCCUUCAAGGGCUCCUUCAACCCCCACUACCCCGAGGCGGCCGCCGAGUCCUCAGAAUGGGUCAACAGCUACAAGGUCCUCUCCGACAAAAAGCGCGCCUUCUUCCUCCAGGGCGGCAGCGAGCUCCUCUGUGCACACGCCUACCCCUACGCCGGCUACCAGCAGUUCCGCACCACCUGCGACUUCGUCAACCUGCUCUUCACGGUCGACGAGAUCAGCGACGACCAGAAUGGCAAGGGCGCGUACGAGACCGGCCUCACCUUCUACAACGCGAUGAGCAACCCCGCGUACGACGACGGCACCGUCCUGUGCAAGAUGACGAAGGAGUUUACCGCACGCCUCCUGGAGCACUGCGGCCCUCAGACGUACCGCCGGUUCAUCAAGCACUGCAAGGACUACAUCGAGGCCGUCGCGGUAGAGGCCGACCUCCGCGAGCGCGGAGAGGUGCUCGACCUCGAGGCGUACCAGACGCUCCGCCGCGAGAACAGCGCCGUGCGCUUCUGCUUCGGCCUUGCCGGCUACGCCCUCGGCAUCGACCUGCCCGACGAGGUCGUCGAGCACCCGGCCUUCAUGGCCAUGCACCUCUCCACCGUCGACAUGGUCUGCUGGUCUAACGACCUCUACUCCUACAACAUGGAGCAGGCGAUGGGCCACACCGGCAACAACGUCAUCACCGUGCUUAUGCAGCACAAGGGCCUCGACCUGCAGGGCGCCGCCGACUACACCGGCGUGCACUUCAAGGGCCUCAUCGACACGUUCCUCGACGCGAAGCGCAGCCUCCCGAGCUGGGGCCCCAAGCUCGACGGGGAGGUCGCGCAGUACGCGAUGGCGAUGGAGACCUGGGUGAUCGGGAACCUCAACUGGAGCUUCGAGACGCAGCGCUACUUCGGACACGCGCGCCACGAGAUCAAGCGCACCCGCGUCGUGCAGCUGUACCCCCGCCGCAUCGUCGAGGAGUCAUCCGACGAGGAGGACAACUAGAGCGGGCCCACAGCGCCGUUGCUCCGAGCUGCACUGUUUGACGAUUCGGAGCUUUGCAGUGGCAGACUGCCGCCCAUCAGAUCCUCGAGACUGGACAUGCUUUUUCCAUUCUUCGGCCAGCCUACCUUGUAUGUAUCCUUAUCUUGCUCUACUCACGCCCGUCCCCACGCUAUAUCUAUCUUGACAUCUCUAAAUCAGUUUCUCAUCCUGUUCUUACUGUACGCUCGCAUACUUCCUUCCCCCCAAAAAUGCUUGGUCCUCUUCGUAGUAUGUCUAUAUUGGAAUCGCUUGGCAGUCGCAUAC